AUGAAUACCACAACUACGAACUACACGGCCGUGCUGGCAAAUUUCGCCUCUAAUGCCACUAUUUCCAUGAUCCCGUCGAGCUUCCUGGCACUGCUGCCAAUUUUCAUCCUCGACACAUUCUCUGCCAUGCUCGCUGGCUCGGUCCAGCCCGUCUAUCUCUCGGCAGUCAAAGCGGUAAACAUCACAUAUGGAACAGGCAGCGCUCACGCAGCAUAUACUGCACUAGACGGCACCGUCUCCUCUCUCUCAGGCCAGAUGUUCUUGAUGGGCCUCGCUGCUGCCGACUUUGAAUUUGAGCAUGUUAUCAGCAACGCGCAUCCGGCUUCGGCCAUGUUUCCAGCAUUAUUCUGCGUGGCGGCGGCCCACCACAAAACCGGCCCAGAGCUUCUGACAGCGAUGGCGGUCGGAUACGAACUGGCAACUCGCAUCGGCGCAGCAAGCACCACACAGGUGGAGUCUAUCAGGGGCUUUCACAACCCUGGGCUAAACGGAGACCUUGCCACGGCUGCUGCGGUCGGGCGCCUGAUGGGGUGGGACGCCGACACCAUCGCCUCAGCCAUGGGCCUGGCUGCUUCCAGCUCAGGUGGCCUCCUCGCCUUCGUCAAUACUGGCGCAAUGACCAAGCGCCUGCAUCCGGCCCGUGCAGGUCAACUUGGUGCGGAAGCUGCAUUUCUGGCCAACGCCGGAGUCGUCGGCCCUGCGAACGUCCUCGAGAACCCGCUCGGCUUUCUCCAUGCUUUCUCACCCAGUCCGCAGCCAGGCCUCCUGACCGCCGGUCUUGGUACGAACUGGACUGGAGAACAAAUGAUUCUGAAGCUGGCACCUGUCCACGCUCGUGCACAAGGUUUUGUGUAUGCCAUCAACGCCUAUCGGGCCAGCACGAACCAGACUUGGAAUCCGGAGGAUAUCAAGAACGUCACAGUCUAUGCGGGCCCCGCGGUUCUGGCGUCGAGUAACUGGAUCCCUCGACCCAAUUCACUCGUGUCAGCUCAGUAUAGUGUUCCCUUUGGCAUCGCCGCAGGGCUGACCGUCGACUUGCGAGAUCCUCUGAACAUGAACGAUGCAUUGGUGUCAAACACAACCGCUCUAUCAAUCGCUGAGACCAUGCAACAAGUCCAGAUUACUGACAAUACCCAGGAUUUGGCUGGUUACAUGACCUUCCAGAUGUCGGGGCAAGACAUUAACAUCACAGCUGACAAGUAUCCCGGCAUACCUGGUGAUCCGAGUUAUGUGCAAGCAGCGAAGAACAAAUUCGCAAGCGUCACCCAAGCUCUAUCGGUGAGUGCUCAGGGUGCUGCUGUGGGGAGCAGGAUUGCGGAUGUACUUAACGUCACCGAUGUGGCGGUGUUGUUGGAGGAAAUGGUCCAAGUUGGAUCCGCUGCUGCCGCAAAUUUUGUGGUUUAG